AUGCCCGUCCUGCCAUUUGCAUUAGUGGAGAGGGCUCACAUCCCUGAACGGGACGUGCAGGCGUGGGUUUCCAUCCUCUUGGCCGUCCAUGGAGCGGGCAUUGCUGUCGGUUCACCAAUAUGCGCAUGGUGGGCGGAUAGGAGCGCCACUCGGCGGUGGCCAUAUCUACUUGGUCUCUUGGGACUGGUGGGCGUUACCUUCAUUCUUUCGUUCUCCGAAUCGGUCUCGCUAUUUGUCGUCGGCCGCAUAUUGCAAGGGCUGUCUGGGGCAGUGGCAUGGACCGUGCCCCUGGCUAUCAUCACCGACCGCGUUGGAGUCACUCAGGUGGGUCCCUACUUAGGAUAUAUGACUCUGGGACGAAGUGCUGGCAUGUCCGCUGGGCCCGUCGUCAGUGGCUUGGUUUUCCUCUACUGGGGAUACUUUAGGACGUACAUGCCAGCAUUCAUUAUCCUCGGCAUCGACAUUACUCUACGUCUACUUCUGGUCCCAGAACAUCCGCAAUUGACGCCAUCUGAGAAGGUGAGGGGGAAAAAGUUUUCGGAGACGCUAUAUUUGCUCACCACAUACCGAAUGUGGACGGCAAUCUGGGGCUCUUUCCAGUCAGCAUUCAUCUGUGGAGCUUUAGACUCUGUACUCCCGCUAUUUGUGUGGCAUACCUAUGGUUGGAAUUCAAUGGAGGCAGGCGGUUCUUUCGUGGCUUUGGUAGGUCCGUCUGUAUUGUCGCCAUUGGUUGGGAGAUCAAUCCAACAAUACGGCGUUAAGAAAAGUGCAACAACCGGAUAUUUAGGAACCGGCAUAGCACUAGGGUGCCUAGCGUUUGUUAGUCGGGACGGUGCAUUGUACCAAACGCUUCUCAUGAUCUUACUCGUGGUAGCAGGCACUUUUAAUCUUUUCUCAGAAAUAUCGUCCUGGAUUGAUGCCGUUGCAAUGGCGGAAAGUCAAGCCAUAGACUACCCCAAUCGCUUCGCACCAGGCGGGGCUACCGCGCAGGUCUACGGGCUGACUAACGUCAUGUUCGCACUUGGGUUCGUGGCUGGACCACUUAGAGCUGGCUUCGUCUACCAAAGGCUUGGUUGGGCGGCGACUGUACUGCUCCUGGCUCUUGUGACUGUCAUCAGUUCAAUACCGACAAUGCUGUGGCUUGGACGAGCGAGGGCCAAGGAGGGCACAAAUGCUACAGCUCCUGUUGGGGCAGUAGUUGCUGUAAAAGACAAAACUCUGGUUGUAUGA